ACAAAAUCGUCGAAAUCAGUAUCGCCGUCAAAAAAAAUUAAACCAGUGAAAGUACGUUUUAAAAAACCUUAAUAAAAUAUGUUUUUUUUUUUUUUAAUCCAUUUUCAUUUAUAGUUGAAAUCGUAUAUGGAUAAAAUCGAAAAAUUCAUUGAAAAUGAAAAUACGAGUGUACUUGAUGAAAAUGUGAAUUUAAUGACAGUUAAACAGGAUGGAUAUAAUUUCACAUUCAAAUGUCCGGUAAAUAAUGGGAAGGAUUAUUGGGUAUUGCAGCAUUACAAAAUGAAAGACAUUAAAGAUAUACCGGUUAAUGAUAGGUGGAAACAUUCAAACUGUUCAAUUAAAGUAUAUACAUCAAAUGACAAUACUAGAGAUGUGAAUAUUUCAAAUGAAUUCACAAAUUUGAUUGAAAUAAUAGCAGGAAGAUUCACUUCUGAUCCGGAUAAAAAAGUUACUAAACGAAAAAAUGAAAAAACAUGAUUGUUGUAAAUAUUUGUAACAAAUUGUUUGAAAAAAAAAAAU